AUGAAAGCGCCAAACGACAAGAAAAACAAAGGCCAUCUUUUUUAUAUAGGGUGUUUUAUUAAUAGUUGUUAAAAUACUAGCUAAUCAGUCACAGUAGUAGGCCUACAUGGGAUAAUGUUACUAUUUUCUGUUUGAGAGCUGGCAUUUAGGUUAUUACGUCAUUGAUUCCACCCGGACUGCUUUACUGGCUGUACAGUUACAUUCUACCGAACGGAACCCCCAGUAGCAAAAGCAACUUCUCAUGUUACUUUACGCAUCUCUUAUACCCUUGCAUUUGUAUUAAUUUAACCCAAGAUAAAGAGUUUGUGGUCAAGAUGGGAGUGCCGAAAUUCUACCGAUGGAUUUCUGAAAGAUACCCAUGCCUGAGUGAAGUUGUCAAGGAACAUCAGAUCCCAGAGUUUGACAACCUCUACCUGGAUAUGAAUGGCAUCAUCCACCAGUGCUCCCACCCCAACGACGAGGACGUCCACUUCCGUAUCUCGGAGGAGAAGAUCUUUGCGGACAUCUUCCACUACCUGGAGGUGCUGUUCAGGAUCAUCAAGCCCAGGAAGGUGUUCUUCAUGGCCGUGGAUGGGGUGGCUCCUCGGGCCAAGAUGAACCAGCAGAGAGGCAGGAGAUUCAGGUCGGCCAAAGAAGCAGAGGACAAGAUAAAGAAAGCCCUUGAGAAAGGAGAGGUCUUACCUUCUGAGGCCCGCUUUGACUCCAACUGCAUCACACCUGGGACGGACUUCAUGGCCAGGCUACAGGAGCAGCUCAAGUACUUUGUCAACAGCAAACUAUCCACAGAUAAUGCCUGGAAAGGAGUCAACGUCUACCUUUCCGGACACGAGACUCCAGGAGAAGGAGAACACAAGAUCAUGGAGUUUAUCCGCAGGGAAAACUCUGAGCCAGGCCAUGACCCAAACACACGCCACUGUCUCUAUGGCCUGGACGCUGACCUGAUGAUGUUAGGUCUGACCAGCCACGAGCCACACUUCUCCCUACUCAGAGAAGAGGUCCGCUUUGGAGGGAAGAAAAACCAGAAGAGAAUAACAGCUCCAGAGGAGACAACCUUCCAUCUACUGCACCUGUCACUAUUUAGGGAGUACAUAGACUACGAGUUCUCUGAAGUUAAGAACAAGAUCUCGUUUGAGUACGACCUGGAGCGAAUCAUCGAUGACUGGAUCCUAAUGGGCUUCCUGGUUGGAAAUGACUUCAUCCCUCACCUUCCUCAUCUUCACAUCAACCAAGACGCCCUGCCUCUCCUCUACCGCACCUACAUCAGUGUGCUGCCAACGCUGGGAGGGUACUUGAAUGAGAAUGGCCACCUGAACCUGGGCAACUUUGAGAAGUACCUGGAGAAACUGUCCGAGUUUGACAGGGAGCACUUCAACGAGGUGUUUGUGGAUCUCAAGUGGUUUGAGAGUAAGGUGGGCAACAAGUACCUGAACGAGGCCGCGGGACGGGCAGCAGAGGAGGCUCACAGCAAGGACGCCAGGAAGAAAGACCUGGACUCUCUGCAUCUAACUACGCUGGAUGGCGGGAAGGACAGAGCCCCUGGUAGGGGUUUUGAGGAGGAUGGUGAAGAAGAGGACAUGUUUGAGGCAGAGUUCAGACAGUACAAACGCACCUACUACAUGACCAAGAUGGGAGUGGAGGUGGUCUCAGAUGAGUUUCUAGCAAAUCAGGCGUUGUGCUAUGUGGAGGGAAUCCAGUGGAUCCUGCAUUACUAUUACCAUGGAGUCCAGUCCUGGAGCUGGUAUUACCCUCACCACUAUGCCCCGUUCCUGUCAGAUGUGAGGAACAUAGCCCAUCUGAAGUUGACCUUUGACAUGGGCAAGCCUUUCAUGCCCUUCCAGCAACUACUGGGAGUCCUGCCCGCUGCUAGCAAAGACCUGCUUCCCCAGAGCUACAGGCACCUGAUGACAUCAGAGAAUUCUAGCAUCAUUGAGUAUUACCCUCUGGACUUCAAGACGGACCUCAACGGGAAACAGCAGGAGUGGGAGGCAGUGGUGCUCAUCCCCUUCAUCGACGAGAGAUGUUUGCUCGCUGCGAUGGAGCCUUAUAACGAUCACAUGACCAAGGCUGAGAAGGCCCGAAACCGCCACACAGAGUGUGCUGUGUACAGCUACCACGCUGAGCUAGACUACCCUUACACCUCCACCCUGUCUGAACUGUUCCCCAACAUCAUGCACUGCCAUGUCAGGGUGACAUCGGUUCCCAUGGACGCGUGGCACGUGUCGUUGAGCCACGUGGGGCGCAGCGACAACAGCAGCCAGCUCUACUUCCUCGGCUUCCCCACCCUGCAGCACAUCAGACACAAGUUCUAUAAGAAGAAGCACGGAGUGGUGGUGUUCCAGCAGAGCAGCCGAGGAGAGAACAUGAUGCUGGAGAUCACACGUAGCAAAGAGGAACCCGUGUGUGGCGAUGUGGCGGCCCUGGUCCUGGGUCGCUCUGUGUUUGUCAACUGGCCCCACCUAGAGGAGGCCAGGGUAGUAGCAGUGUCUGACGGGGAGAGCAAGUUCUUCCUGGAGGAGCCGGCGGGAGUGCAGAAGCUGUAUGACCGGGACUCUCCUCCCCCCACCAAGGUCACCUACCUCAGUGACAAGGAGCAGAAGGACUGGGUGAAGGACGUCCAGGGCAUCACUGAGCAUUUCAGUAAGCGUAAGGGCAUCGUGGUGAAUGAGACGGCGGUGGUGUUGUAUGCCCAGCUGCUGACAGGCAGGAAGUAUGUACCUGGGCAGAGCGGACAGGUGCACCUGGAGAAACAGUGGUCCAAGCAGAUAAUGCCUUUCGCCAACCAGACCAUCGUCAAGGAUAUCAAGGCCUUUGACUCGUCGUCGACUCGCUUCCAGACCCUGGAGGAGCUGUUUCCCCCGACGACCACAGUGUUCAUGGUGGGGAACCCCUACUACGGAGCCAUGGGAGAGGUGCAGGAGUCUAGUGACGUCAUCAAAGAGGGACGAGUGUGGGUGGUGUUCACGGUGCCCUGUGAACCACCGAUGGAAGCCUUAAUACAGAACCAGCAUAAAUACUGUGUGAAGUACAGUCCCGGGUACGUUCUGGCCUCUCGCCUCGGCAUCACCAGCUACCUCGUCUCCAGAUUCUCCGGCAGCAUCUUCGUCGGCAGAGGAUCCAAGAAGAAUCCCCACGGGGAGCAGAAGGCAAACGUGGGUCUGAACCUGAAGUUCAAUAAGAAGAAUGAGGAGGUGCCAGGUUACACCAAGAGAACUGAGAAGGAGUGGCUCUACUCUGACGCUGUGGAGGAGCUGAUGUCUGAGUACCUGGAUAGGUUCUCUGAGGUGUUUGACCUGGUGUCCAGGAACAGUCACGAUGAUGUCUUCUACGAGGACGACAUCUGGCCUGCGGAGUACGAGAACGGCGCGGAGAAGGUGAAGGAGAUCACUUCCUGGUUGAAGACCCACCCAGUCGCCGACAUCGCCCGCACGUCAUGUGACCUGCAGAUCCUGGACAAGGCCAUCGUGGAGCGGAUCGAGGAGGAGGUGCUGAAGGCUAAGGUGAAGAAGAGCAUCGAGAAAGUACGUGUUACUGUGAAGCCACGUUUGCUCUUCAGGCCCUUAGAGCAGCAGCACGGUGUGGUCCCUGACCCAGAUGCAGAAUACCACCUGUUUGACCGGGUGGUCAACGUCAGAGAGAGCUUCUCUGUCCCCCUUGGCCUCAGGGGAACCGUCAUCGGCAUCAAGGCAGCUGAUCGGGAGGCUGAGGUGUUGUAUGAGGUUGUUUUCGAUGAAGAGUUUGCUGGUGGACUUACUAUCAGGAGUGCGGCGGGCCGUGGCUACAGGUUGCCUCCCUGUGCCUUAAUCAACCUGAGCCACGGGGGCCGUGUAGAGCAGGGCUUCCACAAACUGACCGCCGUUGUCAAGCCCCAGCCUUCCUCCUCCCACCAACACAACAAAGGACAGCUGGGCGGGCUGAACCACUCACCGCGAUCACCCUUCAUCUCCACACAGCAGCAGAAUGGCAGACAGAACAUUCUCAGGGCAGACACUCAGGGCAACAAAAACUCUGCACACAAAGCCAGCCAGAAACCGAAACCUAAGGGUAAAGAUGAGGAGUUCAGUAAUGUGUGGCAGUCUCUGCAGAGCUCUGGAAUGCCCCAGAAACCACCAGCUCACUGGCAACAAGACAAUUCGGGUAAGUCUGCCUGGGGUACAGGGUCUCCCGGACAGGAAGUGCAGUUCCAAGGGCAACAAGGCAGGAACCAACCCCAGAGUCAACAACCGCAACCUCCCAAACCUGCCGUUACCCUGUCAGGCCACCAUCAGGAGACUACAGAUCCCAGCAGCUCAGGGUCCUGUAGGAAGUAUCAGACUCCUCAAGAGAAACGAAGAUGUCAAUUCUCUGUUUCCCGCUCAGAACGCUACAAAGAAGGUACAGACGCGCACACCACACACACACACACACACACACACACAAUCUUACCCACUUGUCUCCAGCAGACAGAGUUCGAGGAGUUGAUCGCUAACCUGAAGAUCUCCAAGGGCAACGAGUCAGCUCCACCCCCUCCAGCCAAAGAGCCCACGAGCCAAACAGAGGAGCCGCUUUCUCCGCAGUCAUUUGCUAUGAAGGGAACUCUGGCCCUGAAGGAGAUGCUGAACAUUGGCGCCGGCCCGGACUCCACUAGUCCCGCCUCAUUCAACCCACAGCAGCAGAACAAGAGACGACCCACCAAGAAACUGGCGGCGAGGAUGGGCGACUCUGUGUUACCCGCGGCCCCAGCAGCAGCAGUCUCUCCCCUGCAGUCCCCCCAGCCCUCCAUGGUUCCCAGUGUGGCCUCAGAGCUGACCAGGAUCUGUAUGGGCCUGGGUAUGGCCCCGCCUGACUUCACCUUCAUGCGCAGCAGACACGGUCUGCUGGUGUACCAGGUGAAGCUCUCCAGUGGUCUGGUGGUCCAAGGUCCCCAGUGUCAGUCCGAAAACGAAGCCAAAGAGAAAGCAGCUCUUUUCGCCCUGCAGCGCCUUAAUUCAGUGGGUUCUGGGUUCCCCCUGCCACCGCCUCUGUUCUCUGGGGUCGGACAGAUAAGGGGAACGCCCAUGGGACCCAUCCCUAACAUAUUUGGUCAAUCGGGUGGUCUGUUAAUGCCUCCUCAGGGGUAUGGUCAACUACACUGGGGCAUGCCCCUCCCGCCUCACCAGGGCCAGCCCUUCUACGGGGGCACCUUCCCUGGCGCCCGGCCCCAGGCACCCUCCGUCCCCAUCGGCUCACACAACCAGUUUGUCCCCCUGCAGGUCACUAAGAAGCGCGUGUCCUCAGUCAAGAAGCCCCAGGAGUUCUGCAAUGCGGCUCACACGGCCAGGAACCAAGCCCCGGGCAGUGAAUUCCCGUCUCACUCCCAACCUUCCCUAUCCCCGGCCCCCUCCACACCCCCAAAGACCACCCAGGUAGCGGGGACCCCAUCCACGCCCCAAACACCACGCCAGAACCCCUCGGGCCAAGGUCACACCCCCGGCUCUGCCUCCAAGAGGAAACACAGGAAACUGGCGGUGAACUUCGAGGCAGCCAAAGUCCAAGAAUAAUCCCCUCCCGUUCCUCUUAGGUGUUGGUUUUUUAGGAUGGUGUUAUAAUCUGUUGGGUCUCAAUGGCACCCUAUUCCCUGUGGUGCACUACUUUUAACCAGAGCCCUAUGUAGUUGUCCUAUGUGGCUGUAAUCAAAAGUAGUGCACUAGAUGAGGAAUAGGGUGUCAUAAGUGUGCCAUUUGAGAUGCAGACUCUGUUCUGGAUAAUGUGAGGCAAUAAGGUCUGAUAAAUCAGAAUGCCGUCGUUUUUAUGUUGUGUUUGCAUCAUGUUUGUGAGAUGGAUUUCUAUUCUCCCUAAUCUCGCCAGACCUUGUGGUACAUGGUGUCCUUCUAGUUGGUCGGUCUAUGAUUGGAGCCAGUAAUCAAGGGCUUAAUCUCUUUUAAUCUUUCCCUUCGUUUGUUUCAAGUCUCUAUUUUACCAAAUUUAUUUUUUAUUCUGAUCAAAGUAUUUUGUCACAAUUCUGUGUUUUUAAUGUCAAUCGUUUGUAAUUGCUAAUACUAAAUCAACCUACAAAAUAGUAAUGUGAAAUGAACUUCACAUGUUAACCAACAAUUAGGCCUCAAAUACAGUAUACUGACUGACAGCAUGCAAACACAUCACUAUGACAAAAUUCUAGAAUUUCUUCUCCACAGUAUAACAUAACACAUUUCUUCCAGUAGAAAAUCAUUUUGAAAUGGAAUUCAAAUCAUCUCCUGUGGGACAUCACCAGCACCUCUGUUAGCUGGUUGAUCCAAGCCUUAAUGGAGAGAUGUUUCUGUUUUUUUAAAUAUUUUCAUCCACCAUAUUUCAAUCUGGAUUUUAUGCCUUGGUACCCUUUUAAAUAUGACACAUAUUGUUUUUUGUUGCCGACAGUACCAAGGCUGAAUCAUUAUUCAUUAACUUGUAACCCACAUGUACAGUCUCGAGUCUUACAAGCAUAUUUUUGGGUCUCGCUUUGUUUUUGGAUUUGUAACUUUUGCCUCUUUCAACAUGUGGUCUGAACUACUGGGUUCUGGCUCUGUGGGUAUUUUAAACAUCUGAACCAAAGCACACCUGUUGUAUGUCCUAUUGUUUUCUUUCUAAAUUAAUUUGAGAGUUUUUAUAAGAAAACCCUCAAAUACCCCCCCCCCCCCCCAAAAAAACUUUCAAAAACCAUAAAACUAAGGAAAUGUAGCUUGCUCUUUUGAUGCAGGAAAGGUGCUGUAUGUAUCCAAUGAAUAAAGACCUUUUUUGUUACCAUGACAUCGA